GUUCUUCAAAUAUAUAUAAGAAUGUUAUUUAUACUGUUCGGUCAAAUUAGACAUUCAUUCGUAGCUUUGUUCGCGUCCAUAAGUACGUCCUAUUUUAUAACAGAACAAUUUCUGGGUAUACGGAACUAUCAACUUUCACAUUUAAGAUUUGUUAAUUUGUAGAUGAUAUAUAUAAUUAUUUAAUUAAAACUACGCUAAAAAGUUGAGCGUUGAAGUUUGUAAGACGCAUCGCAUCCGAUUGAAGAAAAGCAACUCUAUUGAGCUCUAUGGAAUUUGUUGUUUCAAAUACAAACUUAAGGGACCUUUCGAGAAUAUUUCUGAAUCUUUCUAGGAUUGAUGAUGCCGUAAAUUGGGAAAUUAACAAAGAUCAACUUAUUUUAACCACGUUGAACUCGUCUAGGUCUGGAUUUGGGAAGGUAACUCUCACAAAAAAGUUUUUUGAUAAGUUCACAUUCCAUCCAGAUACUCUAUUUCUUACAGGGUUUGUUUCUCCAACAGUGAGAUUAAGCACGCAAAUAAAGCCGAUCCUUUCAAUUUUUCGGAAUAAAAUCUUUGAAUCGACUCUCUUGGUCAACAACAAUCUCAAUACCAACGCUGGUGCAGCCGAAUCUUCCAGUAAAAAGAAUGUCGUUGUCGAGAAUAUACAAAUGCAGAUUACAUCAGGAAAAGAAUGCAGAGUUAUCUUUAAAUUUAAUUGCAAGCAUGGAGUCGUAAAAACUUACAAAAUUGCAUAUGAACAGACCCAAACAUUACACGCUGUUUUUGAUAAGGCCUCUUGUCAUAAUAACUGGCAAAUUAAUUCGAAAAUACUGAAAGAUUUGAUUGAGCAUUUUGGACAAAAAACAGAAGAAUUGACGAUACAGCCAGUACAAGGACGGGUCCUUCUGACCAGUUUUACGGAAGAGGUCGUUCAUAACAAAGAUGUCCUAAAGCAGCCUACACAAACAACAGUUUCAAUCGACGGAAAAGAAUUUGAGCAAGUUUCCCUUAAUGAAGGCAUAAUAAUAACGCUAUCUCUAAAAGAAUUUCGGGCUGCUGUUUUGCUUGCUGAAUCUCUAGGAACGUCAAUCGCAUCAUACUACAGUGUAUCAGGAAAGCCCGCUUUGUUCACAUUUAAUAAGGGAAAGUUUAUGGAGAUUGAAGCUCAGUUUAUUCUCGCUACUGUUAUGGGACCCGACGAUUUCGAUGAAAGUUCUUUGGGUGCAAGGUGGCAGCAAAGUGGUACUGCAAAUAGCAGUUUACUCGUUCCAGAGAACACCAGUGCUGCCCCAGCUUUAGAAAAUGAAGCACCGUCUGCGUCAAUAGGAUGGCAAACUAAUGGGGAUGCAGAGACUUCUAGGAUGUUUCAUUCCACAUUGGAUAUACCAAGAAACGAAGAACCAGCUGCAAAGCCAUCUAGACAGACAACAGAUGAAGAGAAUCACCCGCUAUUUUUGGAAGGUAUGCCGGAUGAAACCGAACUGAUGGCAUUCGACAACGACGUAGCUGACGAUGCUGAAUUUGGACCAACGCAACAUGAGCAAACCUACCACGGCAUCUUCUCACAAGACGAUACUGAAACGUAGAGCUCCAUGCAAAGUUGAUGUAUUAUAGUUACGAGCUUUUACAAUACUAGUUCUAUCUUUAUGACCACUCACUCAAAUAUAUCUUCAAAUUAAAUCCAGAUACC